AUGGAACAUGACAAACAAGCCAUUAAACAGUUUAUUGCUUAUUGUCGAAAUAACAACAGCGUGUCAUCAACCAAUAUUGACCGUUUUGAGAAAGAAUACCAUGCUCAAUUAGCUAUUUGGUGGUAUACUUUCCCAUGCAACAUCUUUUUUAUGCUCAAUUAUGGUCUUCGAACAUUGGACGCCGAUAUAGUUAUUACUAUGGGAUUUUUUCUACGUGAUUUGCAUCAACAAAUUCAACAGCUCUACGAACAACAAAUCAGUACGUAUGGAAGAAAAUCUUUCGUAGUUUAUCGAGGACAAGGUUUAAUGAAAUCAGACUUCGAAAAACUUCAGAAAACAAAAGGUGGGCUAAUGUCGUUUAACAAUUUCUUGUCCACCAGUACAGAUAAAGAUGUGUCCCUGGGUUAUGUUCAAAGUGCUUCAACAAUAUCAAAUAAGGUGGGAGUUCUUUUCAUAAUGGCCAUUGAUCCUUGUAUUAAAUCAGCACCAUUUGCCUCCAUCAAAGGGGUGAGUUAUUUUAAACAGGAAGACGAAAUUCUCUUCUCAAUGCAUACCGUCUUCCGGGUGCAUGCGAUAGAACAAAUCAGCAAUGAGAAUAAACUUUAUCAAGUUGAAUUACAAUUAACAUCCGAUGAUGAUCAACAAUUACGAUUAGUUACUGAUUGGAUACGAGAAGAAGCUGGUGGUGGUACUGGAUGGCAUAGACUGGGUAACUUAUUGCUUAAAAUCGGUCAGUUUAACAAAGGUGAAGAGCUUUAUAACAUAUUGCUCGAACAGACAUCUGACGAGACUCAAAAAGCGCAUUGUUAUAAUCAGCUGGGAUAUAUCUAUUGGAAUCAAGCCGAUUAUGAAAAGGCUAUUUGGUAUUUCGAACAAACACUUAAAAUUCAACAAAAACCUAUUCCUACAAAUCAUCCAAAUUUGGCAAUCUCAUACAACAACAUCGGUGGUGUGUAUGACACCAUGGGAGAGUACUCGAAAGCUCUUUCAUUUUACGAAAAAACACUUGAAAUUCGACAAAAAACUCAUCUUUCAAAUCACCCUGAUUUGGCUACUUCAUACAACAACAUCGGUAGUGUGUAUAACAAGAUGGGGCAGUACUCGACAGCAAUUUCAUUUUACGAAAAAGCACUUGAAAUUCGGCAAAAUUGUUUUCCUUCGAAUCAUCCUGAUUUGGCUACUUCAUUCAAUAACAUCGGUUCGGUGUAUAACAAUAUGGGAGAGUACUCGAAAGCAAUUUUAUAUCACGAAAAAGCACUUGAAAUUAAACAAAAAACUCUUCCUCCAAAUCAUCCUAAUUUGGCUACCUCAUACAACAACAUCGGUAGUGUACUUAGCAAGAUGAGAGAGUACCCGAAAGCACUUUCAUUUUACGAAAAAACACUUGAAAUUCGACAAAAAAAUUUUUCUUCAAAUCACCCUGAUUUGGCUACUUCAUACAACAACUUCGGUUUCGUGUAUAACAAGAUGGGACAGUACUCGAAAGCAAUUUUGUAUUACGAAAAAGCACUUCCGAUUCAAGAAAAAAGUCUUCCUUUAAAUCAUCCUUCAUUGAUUACUUCAUACAACAACAUCGGUAGUGUGUAUGACAACAAAGGACAGUACUCGAAAGCAAUUUCAUAUUACGAAAAAGCACUUAGAAUUCGGGAAAAAACUCUUCCUUCGAAUCAUCCUGAUUUGGCUACUUCAUACAACAACCUCGGUUUGGUAUAUAACAAAAUGGGAGAGUACCCGAAAGCACUUUCAUCUCAAGAAAAAGCAGUCAAAAUUCGAGAAAUAACUCUUCCUUCAAAUCAUCCUAUUUUGGCAAUUUCAUAUAGCAAAAUCGGUGGCGUGUAUGACAAUAUGGGAGAGUACUCGAAAGCAAUAUUGUAUUACGAAAAAGCACUUCCAAUUCAAGAAAAAACUCUUCCUUCGGAUCAUCCUUCAUUGAUUACUUCAUACAACAACAUCGGUAGUGUGUAUAGUCAGAUGGGAGAGUACUCAAAAGCAAUUUCCUAUUACGAAAAAGCACUUGAAAUUCGACAAAAAAUUCUUGCUUCGAAUCAUCCUGAUUUGGCUACUUCGUUCAAUCACAUCGGUAGCGCGUAUGACAACAUGGGAGAGUACUGGAAAGCACUUUUGUAUUACGAAAAAGCACUUAAAAUUGAUCGAGAAACUUUCUAG